GGUGCAUAUACAUUGCACAAGAUCAGGUCAUGGGAGAGUAAGACCUAUUGUCGUUAACCAAAUCUGCAAACAUGGCUAUGUAAAUUUCCAAUCAAUGGCGUCUCUCACCACACAAACAUCCCCUUCUGCUUCUUCGCAUGAAUGGGAUGUUUUCCUCAGUUUCCAUGGCAGGGACACCCGCCAGAGAUUUACCGCUCAUCUGUAUAAAGCUUUGGAACAAAGAAGCCUUUCCACCUUUAUGGACGAUAAAGAACUGGAGAGGGGAAGAUAUAUAUCUCUAGAACUCUUGAAUGCAAUUGAAAACUCCAUGCAUGCGGUCGUCGUUCUCUCUCCAUGCUACGCUUUUUCGAGGUGGUGCUUAACUGAACUCGCCAAGAUUGUUGAAUGCAUGGAAAAGAAGGGGUUGAUACUUUUGCCAAUUUUCUAUCAAGUGGAUCCCUUUGACGUGAGAAAUCAGAAAGGUACUUUUGCAAAAGCUUUUGUUAAACAUGAAAACGAUCCCAGGAUUGUCGGAGAUGAUCUGCAAACAUGGAAAUCUGCUUUGAGCAAAGUGAGCAAUAUCUCCGGAUGGGAUUUACGCCAUAGCAGAGAUGAGUCAACAGUUAUUGAAGAGAUUGUAGGAGAGAUACUUGCUAAAUUAAAUUCUACAUUCUCGACUGUUUCCAAGAAGCUUGUUGGAAUAAACUCUCGCCUAGAGAAAUUGAUGAAUUUAUAUUUAAAUAAUAGGCGGGAUAAAGUUCGCUUUCUAGGUAUCUGGGGGAUGGGUGGUAUUGGGAAGACCACACUUGCACGUGCUGUUUAUGACAAAAUUUCUAGUCAAUUUCAAUCAGUUAGUAGCUUUAUUGCCGAUGUUAGAGAAAGAAGUGGAGGAAAUGGCGGUCUAGUUGAUUUACAAAAACAACUUCUUUCCGAUCUCUUCAAGGAUAUGAGUAGCGACGUAAAGGAUGUCGACAGAGGAAAAAACAAAAUUAGACAGAGACUACGUCAUAGAAGGGUUCUUGUUGUUGUGGAUGAUGUGGAUCAAACCCAACAAUUAGAAGCAUUAGCAAUUGAGCGCAAUUGGUUUGGUGGAGGGAGUGUAAUCAUUAUAACAACAAGAGAUAAGCAUCUGUUGAUAGAACGUGGAUUGGCUGAAGAUGAAAUAUAUAGGGCUAAAGGAUUGGAUGAUGAUGAAGCUCUCCAAUUCUUUAGUUGGAAAGCCUUCAAGAAAGACCUCCCUCUAGAAGGUUUUGUGGAGCAUUCCAAGCAGAUUAUACAUUAUGCUAAAGGCCAUCCUUUAGCUCUUGAAGUACUGGGUUCAUUCUUGUUUCAGAGAAGUGUAGAUUUUUGGGAAUCUGCUGUGAGUAGAUCACUAAAAGAAAACCCUGAUAGAAAAAUCAUGGACACACUUAAAAUAAGUUUUGAUGGACUGACGGAAAAAGAGCAAAACAUUUUUCUAGAUAUUGCAUGUUUCUACAAUGGGAAGGAUAUUUAUCGUGUGAAGAGUAUAUUAGAAAGUUGUGAUUACCACCCAAACAUCGGCAUAGAAGUUCUAAUCAGUAAGUGUCUUAUAACCAUGUCGGGGAGGAAAUUGUGGAUGCAUGAUCUACUCCAACAUAUGGGUCGGGAAAUUGUUCGACGUGAAUCUCCUGAAGAUCCUGGCCGACGAAGUCGGUUGUGGCAUGAUGUGGAUAUCCUGCGAGUGCUGAAGAGUAACAGUGGAACAAAAAGAAUUCAAGGCAUAGUCCUAAACUCUCCUCCUCCACAAGAAGAACUAAACUUGAAAUCUGGCAUCUUCUUGGAGAUGAAGAACUUAAGAUUGCUCAAGAUCAUAGGUAACAUGCACCUUUCUCAAGGCCUUAGUUAUCUUUCUACAGAGUUGCGGGUUAUGGAGUGGCAUGGAUAUCCAUUAAAAUCUUUGCCAAUGGGUUUCCCACCUGAUAAACUCGUUGAACUCAAUAUGCGUUGCAGCCACAUUCAGCAACUGUGGCAGGGAACUAAGAGUUUAUACAAGCUAGAGCACGUUGACCUUAGUGACUCUCAGUACUUGGUAGAGACCCCAGACUUCACUAAUGCCCCAAAUCUUAAGCGGCUGAUUCUUCAUGGUUGUACAAAAUUGCGUAAUCUCCACUCAUCGGUUGGAGCCCUAAAAUGCCUUAUUCUUCUGAAUUUGAAAGGUUGCACAUCUCUUACUAGCCUUCCCUGUAACAUUAGCUGGGAUUCCCUAGAAAUUUUGAUUCUUUCUGGCUGUACGAGACUAUGGAAGUUUCCAGAAAUGGUGGGAAAUAUGAAUAGUUUGAGGCAACUUGAUUUGGAUGGGAUUGCAUUAGAAGAACUUCCAUCAUCAAUUGGGCAUUUAACUGGCCUUACUUAUUUGAGUUUGAGAGGCUGCAAAAGACUCUUGAGUCUUCCGAGUGCUAUUUGUGGUUUGGCAUCUCUUAAAACUCUCGCUCUCUCUGGUUGUUCACAAGUUGAGGAAAUGCCCAUGGGACUAGGGAAUUUUGAACAUCUGGAGGAGCUCGAUUUAAGUGAAACCGCUAUAAGGCAAUUUCCAUCCUCCAUUACAUGUCUACAAAAUCUUAGAUUGCUGUCCUUCCAAGGAUGUUCAGGUCUGCCACCUAAGUCGUUUCUCAAACGAUUAGUAAGUUGGUUUUGGGGGAACCCCGACAUUGGUUUUGUGUUGCGUACUUCGUUGUCAAGUGCUUUAUGCAGCUUGAUGAAAUUAGAUUUGAGUAAUUGCCAUUUAAAAGAUGGAGCAAUUCCCUGUGACCUAAGUGAAUUAUCAUCACUGCUAGCUUUAAAUCUAAGUGGAAAUGAUUUCACGCUCUUACCUGAAAGCAUCUCUCAACUUUCGAAGCUUGUUAUUAUUUCCUUGAGACGCUGUAGCCAGCUUCAAUCAUUGCCAGAACUUCCGUCAAGAACAGCAUACGUUGAUGCUCUAGAUUGUAUCUCAUUGGAAACACGUUCUAAUAAACUUCAUGCAUGGGUAUUCGAUGAAACUAGAUUAGCUACUCUAAACUGGUUCCGUAAGCCACGUCAAUUGAAAGAUGGACAACGCGACCUAUUGAAAGAAAGAACCAUUAAGGCACACAUCGAUGUUGCAGCCAGAGGGGCAGGAAUUCCAAUGUGGUUCCAGAAUCAGAGUAAGGAUUCCUCGAUUACAAUCGGGUUGCAUCCUGAUUUGGAUGAUAGUAGAAAGUGGUUCGGAUAUGCUCUAUAUUUUGUCUUUGAAAUCAAUGACCUUGAAAGUUGGGAGUCAACACAUUUUACGAGGUUUGAUUCUGAGGAGCUUGUGUUUCAUUUUGUUACCGAUGAAGGUCCUCUCAAAGCCCUCCUAAAGUUCAAUACACUCCAGAAAUUCUUCAGUACUAUUGAUACACUAGCUGCACAUUUUAUAUAUGUAGAGCGCAUCUGGUUUGACAAAAAGUUAAAGCAUGUGGAUAAAUGGAAUUACAUUGAGGUUUCAAUUACGAUUGGCAAUCCAUUCAUGAAGGUGGAAAAGUGUGGGGCUCAACUAGUACACGAGCAAAAUGUCCAAGAGUUUAUCGAUACAGUUGUAUUGCAUCCUCAUUGAAUUUUACGAAUACAAAUUCAAUUAGGAGUUUGGCUAGUAGAAUUCAUAAAUAAUUUACAUUGAAUUAUACAAUUUCAAAAGGAUAUGACUUUAGCUACAGUAAUUUAUGAUUGGUGGUUAUGAUAUUUGUUGAUCACUGUAAUUAGACCAAAUUGAUUAAAACAUAUUUUCAGAUACUUGCUAUA